CGACUUUAUAAGAGUUCACAAAUCAUACAUAGAAAGCCUUCCUUGUACAAACGUUGUUUUGUUUCAAAGGUCGGUGAAAAUUUUGUUGCUUCUCCUUCUCCUAUCUUAAUUCCUUAUCCUAGUCUAACUCUGAAAUAUUAUACUUCUUAUAAAUCCCACAAACCGCUACCCAAAAUCACUCUUAUCUCUUCUUUCUUUGGCUAGUAUUUCCUAACCUUGUAUCAUUCUUUUCCUAGUAUUGCCAAGAAUUGUGAUUUGUGACAUAAUACAAGUUUCAUCAUGGAGGUUGAUGAGUUUCAAAUCACCAUGGUUAAUGAAUUUCAAAUAGCUAUGUUGAGGGCUGAGCUGCUGGACACGACGAGGAACUGGGCACAACACUCAACAUUUGAUGGCUCAUAUGAUCCCAGGACGUUUUCAGGGAAAUUGGAUCCUUUGGAACUGCAAAGCAUAAGGUUGGAAAGCUUAACAGCCAAGUUAGCCUCGUUUCGUGCACGCGAAACCAAGCGCGAUUUCAACACGGUGAUGGAGGAGGUUCAGCUUGAAGUGUUGAGAUGGCUAGGGAGGAUCUUGGCCAAGAGUAUGGACCCGGUGUUUAAGGGGUCGAAGGAUGUGGUGAUUGAGGAAGAUGGGGCGGUUUGUGGGGUUUGCCAAGAUGAUAUGAACGUAGGAGUUGAAGGAAGAAUGCUCAAGUGCAUGCACAAGUUUCAUUCCGAUUGUAUUGUGAAUUGGCUUAGGAGUAAAGCUACAUGUCCCUUGUGCAGGUACCAAGUUCAAUUCAAAGAGUUUGAGCCAAAAAUAUGAGGGAGAAAAAGAUGUGAGAAUGAAUGGGUUCUACAUUUUUUUUUUUUCCUUUUUGUAAUCUACAGUUCAUGUAUAAUGUUUGAUCAAUCAGCUAGUGGAAUAGAAAAUAGUUUUUUGUUCUUUUGUUUUUGA